UGACCAAUCUGGGGAUAACGUAAAACUUACGUCAGUUGCUGAUCAAAUAAACCAAGAAACUGAUGGUGCAAUAGUGAAAGCAUUAAAAAUUUUGCGACGUACUAAAAUGUAUUAAAAUAAAAAUUAAAACAAUGUCCGAGAUAACAGAAGAAGAGAAUUCUGGAUCACGUCCAGUUAAACGCCAACAUCUGGAUUCAAAUGAGUCUUCAUUAUCAAAUACUACUUCAUCUGAUUAUUCUUGUCCAGUGUGCUACGAACUAAUCCAUGAAGCAUAUAUUACAAAAUGUGGACAUUCAUUUUGUUACAGUUGUGUUUGUAGAGCUUUAGAAGCAAAAUCUGCCUGUCCAAAAUGUGGUAACAUGUUAUCCGGAGGUAUUCGUGAUGUAUUUCCAAAUUUAGCUCUUGACAAGUUGGUGAGCAAAUAUAAACUAUUAAAUCCUGGUCGUAAAUUAGAAACCUCCAGUAAAUUAGGUGUAGUUUCCGGGCUACGUGGAUUUGUGACUGCUGAAUCAAAGAAGUUAACUUUGUCUGAUGUGGAUGCCAUGUUGGAACUUUUAACUCGCCGUAAGCGUAAACUUGAAGCAGAGUCAGCUUUGGCUCAAAACCGAUUACUUUAUGAGUUCCUUGAAAGGCUGUUAUGCGAUAAAGAAUCGCAAAUGCGCAGAAUUAGUAGACAAGUGGAACUAGUUAAAAGAGAUGUAGCUUUUGUUAAAAAAAUGUUAAAAGAAUGGGAAGCUAAGAAACCUGCAGCUACAGAUACAGAGCAUAGUUGUCCUAUUGAUAAAUGUGAUAAUACUUCACCAACUCUGAAUAGCUCUAAUAAUUGUAUACCUGGUAAUGUUCAACGCCGACGAAUGUGUACACAUUUUGAUGAUUUUGUUGAUUGUUAUUUUUCAUUAAGAGCAAAAGAACUAGUAUUCGGUCAUAAAUAUUCACCUGAAGAAGAUGGAAAUGUUAGAGAAAAAGAUCAUGAAAAAGGAUUGGAUGAGUUUCGGGAAAACCUAGUGAAGUUUUCUAGAUUUAAUUCCCUCCGACCAAUAGCAACACUGAAUUAUGGUACAGAUAUAUUCAAUAAUUCAACCAUAGUCUCAAGUAUUGAAUUUGAUAAAGACGAUGAAUAUUUUGCUAUAGCUGGUGUAACCAAACGUAUUAAGGUGUUUGAAUAUGAUAGUAUCUUACGAGACAGUGUGGAUAUUCAUUAUCCCUGUGUUGAAAUGAUAUCUGGUUCAAAGAUAUCAUGUGUGAGUUGGAAUUCCUACAGAAAAAAUACUGUUGCUAGCAGUGACUAUGAAGGAGCUGUAUGUGUAUGGGAUGCAGGUACUGGACAACGUACUAGGAUAUUUCGAGAACAUGAAAAACGUUGCUGGAGUGUUGAUUUUAAUAAAUCUGAUGCAGGAUUAAUGGCUUCAGGAUCAGACGAUGCUCGUGUUAAGCUUUGGACACUUAAUCAAGAAAGGUCUGUUGCUUGUCUGGAAGCAAAAGCCAAUGUUUGUUGUGUUAAGUUUAAUCCAGUCGGUGCAUCUUAUCUAGCAUUUGGUUCUGCUGAUCACUGUGUCCAUUAUUAUGAUUUGCGACAUGCUAAACGUGCUCUUGCAAUAUUUAAAGGCCAUAAAAAAGCUGUAUCAUAUGUCAAGUUCUUGAAUGGAAAAGAAAUGGUAUCUGCGUCGACUGACAGUCAAUUAAAACUUUGGAAUGUAGAUCAAGCACAUGAAGGCUGUGUACGUUCUUUUGUUGGUCAUGUUAAUGAAAAGAACUUUGUUGGCUUAGCAACCGAUGGUGACUAUAUAGCUUGUGGGUCUGAAAAUAAUUCUCUUUACAUUUACUACAAAGGGUUACAAAGAAAAUUGUUUACAUUUAAAUUUGAAGCGACUACAGCAAUAUUGAGUGCAGCUGAAGAAGAAAAAGACAGGCGCAGAGAUGAUGACGUCAAUGAAUUUGUUUCAGCAGUUUGCUGGCGGCAAACAUCUAAUAUAAUAAUGGCUGCUAAUAGUCAAGGAAUUAUUAAAGUUAUUGAACUUAAGUAAUUUCUUGUUUAAUUUCGCUAUUGCUUAAUGUGUAUAUGUUUAAAUUAGUUAAUUUUAUUGGUUAUUUUCAUGUGAAAUUGUAUAAAUUUGAACGUUAAUAUUUUCUCCCUGUAUCAUGGAAUAUGUGUUGAAAUAGUGUGAUAAUUUGUGUUUAUAAACUUUACCUACAAAAUGUAUGUUUUACUAUUAAUUCAUUAUAUGGAUUGUAAUGUAGUAAAACCAAUAUUAAGAAGUGAAUUUGUAUUUGCUUUCAUUACCUGUGUCCAAUAUCCUAUAUAGUAUUUAUAAUAAAUGCAAUUUAUAUGUUUA